AUGCUUAAGUUGAAAUACUGUAAAUCGUCUUUAAGAGGAGGAGGAUCUGCCUUCUCUUCUUCUAGUCAUUCUGAGGGGAUACCCUAAAACAUUUAAAUUGAGGCUUAAUUACAUUCAACACUUUUAAAUGCUUUUUUAGUCAACUUAAAUAAAAGACUAGAGCAAAUUGAACAUGUAAAAGAGAUCAUGAGCACAGAAGAAGGGAGAAGCGUGUUGAGUAGAAACAUAACUUGGUUUUUGGAACUUGAAUAAUUAUUUUGUUAUUUCCAAUUUUAGAUUGACCUGGUGAAAAGGCACAAAUAAAUUUUAGAAAAGACACUCUAACAAUUAUUAGAAUUAGCAUCAACAACAAUCUAAUGGGAUAGAUUGAUCGCAUUGAAAAUAAUGAAAAUUUGCAACUCGUUCUCAAGAUUAAUAUUUAUUUAUUACUCUAAUUCAAAUGAAAGAACUCAAUAAUAGCAGAUAGAUAGAUGGACAUAGUUAGCUGUCAAUAUUACUAAUUAAGUUAAUCUGGAAGGCGAAGCAUCUUUAUUUUAUAAUGGGUUAAUUUAUGAGCUAACUAUUAUAUAAGCCUGUUUAGAAUAUAUACCAACCUAAGAGGAGGCACAGCAAAAAAAUAGUUCUGCUAUUGCUAUUCUUAAAGAACUUUUUAACUCGGCUAUUAGUUUAAAACCCUCCCCUGAUUUAGCAAGUUCAAUUUCAAAAGGGGCGUUGUUUUUAUAUUAACAAUACCAAAAGAAGAAAUCAAUGGAAUAAUUCCAGAACUGCCUAUUUUUAGAAUAAUUGAAAUGGAACAUCUUGAUGAGUAUUAAAGCUGGUGUAUUGUUUAAUGAAAUAGAAGACAAAAUUAAAGAUAAUUACAAUAGUAUUAUUAAAUAAGGAAGUGAUUGGGCCAUUUAAUAUUCUUGGAUUAAGAUGGCUAGUGAACUGAUGGCAUGCAAACCACAAAUUACUAAAAUCAAGUUUUUAAGUAUAUAAUAAGGAUCAAAUUAAGUGAUGACAUGGGAAUAAGCCUAAUCAGAGAAUUUGAUUAAUAUCAUCCAUAAGGAUUUUGAAAUUGCUGAAAUUAUUGCAAAGAAUUCAACAUCAAAUAUUGGCAUUAAAUUAUAAAGUAUUUCUAGACAGUAUUACAAUCUCUAAGACUUUUUUAUGAAUGGAAAUCAAGUCAUACCUAAAUUCAUUGGGUACUAUUCCUUAGAAUCUGGAAAAGAUUAAAUAAAUUUAGAUAAUGAAUCAAACCAAGAUUAUUUUAAAAUGAUAUAAGCAUUAAGACAAAUACCUUUCGAUAAAAUUGCUAAUAAUUUCAAUGAAUUUUUAAAUAAAUUUUCAGCAUAUUUAGCUAGUUUUUAUCAAAUAGAAACUAAAGCAAUGAAUUUUUCAGAUUUCCAAUAUCAUUUAAUAUUAAUUUAGGAACAAUAUCAAUCUUUGCUCAAUGAAGUUAUUAAAUUUUAGAUUUCUAGGGAUUAUAUAAAUAAUAUUAUUGAAAUAAUCUCUCCACUUUUAUUAAAGUCAGAUGAACUUAAUAAAUAGCAGACAACUAUAUAUAAUAAUUGCUUUUAGACAUUUCUAUAUAAUUAUUCUAAAAUACAGAGUAAAAAAUAAUUUGACAAGAAAAAAGAUGUUUAUGAUAAGCUUAUAAAUUGGCUCAAACAAAUAAAUUUAGUUUAAGAAUAACAAAUUAAUUACUAAAAACAAUUUGGAAAGAAGUUGCCAGAAGAAUGUUUUGUUUUAUCUAAAAUUUUAGAAAAGCCCUUUUAAACAAAGUUGAAUUAUUUGAUUUUAGCACUUUAAUUUUGUUAACUAUGGAAUCAAUAGGUUUCUCUACUCUCAUCAUUGUUUACAGCAGAACAUAUUAUAAUCAAUAAAUAAGUAAUCAUUACAAAAUAAACAUAAGAAGAAGAAUUGAAAUGUGUAUCUGAUAAUCUAAUUGAAGAAUUUAUUAAUAGGUAGAAUAUUAAUUUCGAAUAUCUCCAUUCUAUUUAUUCAAUUCUUUAAAUGUAAUAUGAAUUAUUUUAAGAAUUAAAAGCAUUACUGUUUGAUAAUUUUUCUCUAGAAGAAUUUGAAAAAAUUUAAAAGAAAUAAAAAAUUGAAUUCUUAGUUGAUGUAAAAUUUGAUUUCAAUCUGUAUUUUCAGUAUUAAGUCAAUUAGCAUCAGCAAUUGAUUCAAUUACUUGAUAAUGAAAAUGAGAUCUUAACUAAUUAAAUGAAGGAAUAUCAAAUUAGAAAACUAAAUUAAAUUUUUAACUAUUUUUGCUUUAUAUUUAACUUUUCUCUUAUUUCAAUAAACUAAAUAUUUAACUUUAAUUUAGAUUCCAUAAAGAAAAUGGAACUUUUAGUAGAAUUCGUUAGCAGAAAAGACAAUAAGAUAUUAUACAAUUUUAAAUCUAAUUAAAUAAAGCUUUAAACUCAAGUUGAUCUAUUGAUAACAUCCAAAGAUAAGAUAGAAUUAUUGGGCAAUAUUGAAUAUGUAGAAAAAGUAAAGGAAUUUGAAAUUUCUGUCUAAGCCAUUUAAUAAGAAUUAUUAAUAAUAAACAAUAGUGACUGCAGAACUUAAUUAGUUAAUGAAUUAAAUAAAUUUAAUGAGUUCUUAGUACACGCUAGAACAAGAUAAAAAAGUUAAUUGGAUUCAACCAUUGAUGCUCUAAAAACGUGUACUUUAGAUUUCAUUGACAAAAUUGAAAAUUUGUUUAAAAAUUUGAAAUUAUCUUGGAAACAAGAAUUGAUUACUGAAAUGAGUGAGAGCAUAGAUGAAAGAAAGCCAAAUUAAGCUAAAUUGUUAGAGUUCAUCAAUAAUUUCAAAAGUUAAGUUUUGUAGGUGUAAUAAUCAAUUGAAUUUUCUGAAGUCGAUACAUUGCAAAAUUUAGUAGAUUUAAUGAGAUUUACAAUCUAAAAUGAUACAAUACAUAAUUAAUGCGAAGAUAAAAUCUCUAAAUUAUUAUAAAAAUUUUAACUCUUCAUAUCUAAUAUAAAGAGCCUUAAUUAUGAGGCAUUCUGUAAAAGUUAUUCAGAGUAAUUAUACUGUAUUAUUUAAAACCCCAAAGAAUUAGAUCGAUUUCUGAAAGAUGAAUUGAAUUUCAUAUUUUCACCUGUUUAGAAUUAAGUUCAAACUAAUCUAAAAUAAUGUAAAUAAAGUAUAACAGCAUCUAUACUUGAAUUUAUUCAAGGUAAUUCUUGGAGAGUAAAAGAAGGAUUUAUAUUUUAAUGUAUCUAAUUAGAAAAUCAAUUAUAAGAAUAAAAUAAAUAAUUGAUACAAAAAAUGUUAAUUCUAAUUGCGGCCAAGGAGACUAAUUUGAAAAUAUUAGUAACACUCAAAAACAAAUAAAUAGUAUAACAAAUGUAUUAAGGAUUCUCUAAGAAUUGGCCUGAAGUACAAAGUGAGAUUUAAUCAGAUCUAGCUAGUUAAAUAAGUAGAUUAGAAUAACUUUAAUUUAAUAUUUAAAGUGCUGAAACUGAUAGAAAGAGAGAGCAACUACUUAAGGAACACAAAAAAUUGGAAGAACAAGUUGAAUAAUAAAUAUUAAAUGUGAAUCAAAUUGGUGAUGCUUUAGGUAUCACUAUCAAUUUCUUAAGAGAAAUUAAAUAAGAUCUAAAUAAAAUUCAAUAGAAAUUAGAUCAAAUGCUUAAUAAGAUAGAUGAAGUAGUUCAAGAUAUUAAAUAAUUGAUUGGAAAGACACCUAAAUAAUUAUUAGAAAUAAGAAUGUAAUUUGUUUUAUAAUAAAAAAUUGCAAAUGAUUUCAAUAAUGUUUAUGUAAACUUAAGAACUAAGGAAUUGAAAGAGAAUUUUAAAGAUGAAGAUGACGAAACUACUCUUUUUAAUGAUGUUUCUUAGAAUAAAGGUGAAAUUGAUGAAUUUUUAUAAUAACCAAAAGAUUCUAUGCUGAUUCAUGGACCAGCAGGUUCAGGUAAAAGUGUCGCAGCUAAAAAAAUAGAAGAAUAUAUCUGGCUAUAAUAUUAAUAGUUGAAUUUAGAUGAAUGGUCAAAAGAUUCAGAACAGAUACCAGUUGUUCCUAUAUUCAUUCAAUUAGCAAGUUUAAAAGAUCCUUAUUUUAAAGCCAUUGAGGAAUCCUUAGCUUCACCCAAUUAUAAUUUUGAUUGGAGAUAAAUACAAGCUUUCUAAACUUAAGUUGAAGAAGGUAAAGUUGCAAUUGUUUUCAUUCUUGAUAGUUUUGAUGAAUUGAGUAAUAAUUAAAUAAAUCUAAUUUAAAAUAAUAAAUUGAAGAAUUGGAAGUAAUAGUUAUUAAACUUAAGCGAUUUAACUUAGGGUUAAUAAAGAAUAUAUAGUCUAAAUUAUCCCAAAGUAAUUACUACAACUAGAUCAGAAGUGUUUGAGUUAAAUAGUACAAAUUAUAGAUAAUGGUUUAGUACUGAUUCAAUAUUGGAUUUUACAAAGUACAAAGAAUUAAGAAUUCUCAGUUUUGAUGAUAAUUAAAAGUAAGACUACUUAAAAUAAUAUUCAUAUACUUAAAUAAAAAAGACUUUGCUUGAUUAUUUUGAAAAGUACUCCAUUGUUUAAAAAAGAGGAAGAAACCUUAUAAAUGAAGUAGAAAAAAUAUGGAAUCAUGCAGUUGAAAAGUUGGAACGAAUUAAUCAUUAUCAAUAAUAAAAUGACUUAUAUUUAAGCGAUAAACAAAUCAAUAUGAUAACCACAAUUUUGAAAAGUGAGUUUAAGUUGUCAAAUAAAUAAGAUUAAUUUGCGAUUUUAGAAAGGUAAUUAAAACAUAUUUAAACACCUUCAUUCUAUAAUAAUAAUAUCAUUGAUUUCAAUUUGGAGUAGCUUCUCAAAACACCGUUUAUGAUGAAAAUAGUUAUUGAAGUGUUACCGUAAAUCAACUCUUAGAAAUAACAGCUCCAGUAAAAUUAUUUUAUUUCUAAUUAUACAAUUGGAAUGUAUGAAAAAUACGUUAAGAAGAAAGAUAUCAAGGAUAUUCUAUAGUUUUUAGGGAGAAUUUCUUAAGAAUAAUAUAAGGAAGAUUAAGCAGAUGAAUUAAAUAACCAAUCAUAAAUAUUAGAAUAGCCAGAGAACUUAGAGAUUGAUGAAGAAACUAACCCACCUUCGCAAUACUAUAUGGAUGAGAGAAAUUAAUAAUUGAAAAAAGAAUCACAAAAAUCUCAGGGUUAUUAUUAGUAAUCUACCUAAUAUUCCUAACAAUAACAACAUUCAACUUUAAAUUAAAGGUCAUCAUCAAAUUAGUAAAAAAUAACUAAAGAUUAUAGCGAAUUUGGUUAUCCUUAACCAAUAGAUAUUUAAAAUUCAAGAAAUCCUUAUGCAAAUCCUGGGAAUUACUAAGAAUAGCAGAAAAAAGCUGCGCCAUCAAUAAAUACACCUUAAAGGGUAUAUACUACAUAAUAAAAUAAUCAAUAUAAUCCUACUUAAUACAACUAUGAAUAAGCGAAAUAAUAAAUGCCUUAAAGGAUUGAAGAAAACAAUGAUAGAUACAGAUAAUCUAAUUAUUAUGAUUAAAUGAAGUAGCCUAUGCCUUUAAAUAUUAAUUCCCAAGAAAGAGUAGUAGGUCCAUAUUAAGUUUCAAGAUCAUCUGCUGCUAAUUAUCAAAGUAAACCUGAAAAUAAUAGUUUUCAAGACAGAGAAGAAAUAAACUAUUAAGGAUACGAAUCGCCUAAUUUUUAUUAAGAUUAGGUUAAAUAAGCAAAAAGGGUUUCAUAAUAAAAAAGUUAAGCUUAUCCUCCAAAUUUCAGAACAUCAUCGGCGGAUUAACCUCAGAUUGUGUAUGAAGGAUAUUAAAGUUCAGAAUAUUUAAAGAUAUCAAAAGAACUAAAAUACAAGUUUAAUUUAUAAAUAAAGAUUAAGUAGAAUUUAAGAGAAUAAGGAAAAUAAAUAUUUUAAAAGCAUUCAUAUUUCUCUCAGCAAGAUUAUGAUUAAUUUGGAGAAGAUAAAUAGAUUUUGUUAAGAUGUUAUAAAUCUUUCAGAUUAACAUAGUAUGAUUUUUAUGAUUAAUUCUUGGAGAAUUACAUUUAGAAUUAAAUGCAAAAGUUGUAAAAUCUUCAGCAAUUAAAGUUCAAUAAUAAUUUUGUAAAUGAAGUUAAUGAUUAUUCAAGAUUAUUAGUGUUAUAUUUAAUGCAAUAUUAAUUAACUGCAAUGGAAACCUCAAAAACAUCUAAUAUGUCAGGAGUAUUCAGAGACUCAAAAGUCAAACACCAUUCUGCUGAUCCAAGAUUUUAGGAAUUAUUUAAUUAGAAUUCUGAAGAGACAACCUUAAUAAAAAAAUGCCUUCCUUUGAAACAAACAGGAUCUAUUUUGAGUUUUGAACAUAAAUCGAUUUAAGAAUUUAUUUAUGCAAAAUUCAUCAUUACUAGUCUUAUAAGGAUCAGUGAAAUAAUUAAUAUCCUCAAAUAAAUAAAAGUAGAUGUUUUCUUGAUAAAUAAGAGUAAAAAGUUGAAAAAAAUAGAAUUUAUUUCAAUUUGUAUUAAUUUAUUUUUAAAUUAAAGAUUGGAUACAUUAGAAAAUCAGGAUUAAGCAAGAGAGAUAUUUUUGUAAUACUAUUUAUCAACCUUUUAAGUUUAAUAAUAGGUUAAUUUCGAUUGUUUUAAUUAUAUUUUGGAUUUAUUAUCUUUAAUAGAUUUUUCUCCAUUAAAUUAUGUAAUUAUGGCAAAUUAAUUUUAUAUGGGAACAAUAAGAUUUAUAGUGGAAUAUAUAUAAAACAAUCAGGAUUUAAAGUCAGUCUUACAUAUUUUAAUAUUAAUCUCAGGAAUAUCCUAAAAAUUCGUGAAUAUUAGCUCAAAUUCCUUUUAAUUACUAUCUUACAUGUAGGAAUUAUUCUAUGAAAAGAAUUUUUCUGGAAUUUUUAUAAAAGACAUAAAAUUAUUAGGAUUAAAGUGUAUAGGAUGUGAUUUUAGUUGGUCAACAUUUGAGAAUGUAACUUUGAUGGGGACAAAUUUAAAUUAUUGUAAAAUUGCAGAAGUUAAGUGGAAAGACAUAAUCUCAUAGGAUUUGCCAACUUUAUCAUUUAAUAUUGGUCCUAUUUUGAAAGCAUCAUUUUCCUUUGAUGGUAACUACAUAGCAUCUCUAGGACUUAACAAAUAGUUAGUUGUAUAUUAGAUAGGCGCUGAAUAGAUAGUACGAGAUAUAGAACUUCCAAAAGAUGUAUUUGAUUUUUGUUGGUCCAACACAAAAUAAAUGCUUGUUUAUUUCUCUGAAGAAACUUUAAACAUCAUUAGCUUUUAUGAGGACUUGAAAAAUCGGGCAAAUUAUGGUUAAAGAAAUUAAAAUGAAUAAAGAGGUUAGCCUAUAAAAUCUAAAUAUAAAAUAGGAGACACUGUUAAUUUGGUAAAAUUUUCAAAUUAAGACAGUUAUCUAUCAGUAGGAUGUUAAAAAGGGAAAAUAAUUAUUUAUAAAUAUGCUAAUUCGCAAUAUACAUAAUUUAGAGAAAUAAUUGGAAAGAGUAGAAUAACAGCAUUUGACUUUUCUCCAGAUGAAGAUAGCCUUAUAGCUUGCGAUCAAACUUCAAUAUUUUUAUAUAAAAUAUCAGAAGAGUAAACUAAAUCCAUUAGAACCUUAUCAUAAAACCAAUAAGUAACAAGUAUUGUUUUCAAUCCUGAUGGGUAACUGUGUGCAUAUGCGACAACAAAUGAAUUGAUUAUAAUUUUUAGUUUGGUAAAAUAAAAGGAUUAAGCGAAAUUAAUUGGUCAUUAAAAAGCUGUUAGAUGUAUAUGCUUUUCUAGUGAAGGUAAUAUAUUGGUAAGUGGAGGAGAUGAUAAAAGUGUUAGGAUUUGGGAUUAUAUGAAAGGAAUCUAAAUUGGAGAGAAUUUGCAUAGUCAUUCGGAUGGUAUUAAUAGCAUUGAGUUUUCAAAACCAGAUGGAAUGAUUAUUUUGUCUGCAGGAAAGGAUGGACUUAUUAAAUAGUGGCAUCACUCUGACAAUUAUCGUGUUAGUGAAUAUCUGCCUGGGCAUGACGGCAGCAUUUUAUUUAUGGUUUUAUCUACUGAUUCCAAAAGAAUAAUUACUAAAGGUAAAGAUAAGAAAAUAAUAUAAUGGAAUAUUAAAACAGCAUCUAUGGUUAAUCAAAUAAUAACUUUAUAGAGUUGUUAAGAAUGUUCAAUUAAUAAAUUAUGUUCUGCUUGUUAAUUAAGUCCUAUAUUAAGUGUUAAUGAUGAUCAAUAUAUUAUCACUGGUGGAUUUGGUCACUCAAUUUCAAUUUAUGAUACAUACAAUUGUAAAUAAACAUUUCAUACACUAUCAUGUCUAAAACCUAAAGGAGAAGUGACACUUUUAGCCUAUUCUCAUUAAAAUCAUUUUAUAUGUUCAGGAACUUAGAAUGGCGAAAUUAAAAUAUGGGACAGUCUUAAUGGAAGAUAAUAUGGUUAAAAGAUCACACUAAAUUAUUAAAUAUUGGCUUUAUUCUUUGAUCUAGACUAAAAUUUAGUUGUUUUAAAUUAAACUGGCAAAUACACGAGCAUUAAACUUGGUUCAGGAGAUAUAAAAACUUAAUCGUUCUAACAUGAAUUAAUUGAUGAAGCAUCUGAAAUGAAACAGAUAAAUUAAUUAAUUUUUGAUGAGAUUUCUGAUUUAUAAAUUGACGUACUCCCAUAGAAUUCAUCAUAAAGAUCAAAUAAUAAAGUCUCAUGCUUAGCAUUCACAUCAGAUUAUUCUCAUUUGGCAAUCGCAACCAAAUCUUCAAAUGUCUACAUUUUAGAGAUUAAAGAUUUGUCAAAGAUACUGAACACAUAUUCUUAUUAGGGUGUAAUUACUUCAAUGCAUUUUAAUAAAAAUGGUUUAGUUUUAAUCUUAUCCUUUGAAGAUCUUUCCAUAAAGGUUUGGGAUAUAUAAAAAAGUACGCAUGGAAGUAAAAAUGAUUGUCACUAAGCUCCAAUCAAUUGUUUAGGAGCAUCUUCGGAUAAUAAAUUUAUAGUUUCAACAUCCUAAGAUAAAUUUAUUAAGAUUUGGAAAUUGUAAAACUUAAGCGAUGAUGGAAUCAUUUCUGAAGACAUUAAUCGUUUAAAAAAGAAAAUACAAAAUCGAAAGUCGUAUCUCAAAGAAUCUUUUGAAAAAUUCAAUUUUAGCUCAAUAAAUCAAAUAAGUUAAGAGAUUGUAAGACAUACAGAUAAUGUUGCUAGGAUGAAUUAGGAAUGGGAGCAUUAGUUGAGCAUUUUUGACAAAGUAGAAUAGAUGUAUCAUCAUCUAUCUGAAUUGCGAAGAGUUGAUAUGAGUGCUACAUUAUGGGAAUAAAAAACGUUAAAGGAUGAAAUUACAAAGGAAGGAGAAGAAAUUGAAUAAUAGCUAUAAAGGAGCGAUUAAAUGAAUGAAGUGUUCAGUUAAUAUAUGAUCGAUAUGACUACUCAAUGUUUUAAUGUAUCACAAGUACUUUAAGAAAGAUUACUACUGAAAUAAUAGCAACUUAAAGAAUUUAAAGAAGCAUUGAUAAAGGAGAAGGAAGAAAGAUAUAAAGAAAAAUAACAUGUUUCAGAAGUUAAAGUCAACUCCUAAAAUUAAAUAACUUUCUCUGAAAUAUUAUGUAUUAGUAAGACUCCUUAAAAUUAAAAGUUUAUUGGAACAGUUUUCGAAAAAUCCAACAUCAGAAAUAAGACUAACCAUGAUUUAUUUAAGCUUUGGUAAUAAACGCAAGAGAAGAAAAAUCAUUAUUGA